CAACUCUCAUGGUAUAGUCGAACACGAUGCCUUUCUGCUAGUUGUCCAUGUAGCUUCUUUAAAAGCUUGUCAAAGGGUGCCUUUCUGCUAGUCGAACAUGACAUUGGCACAAGGUUUUUUUGUCCAUGUAGUUUCUUUAAAAGCUUGUCAAAGGGAUCCUCAGUUGACCCAUUCCAAUAAGUUGCCUUGACAUCAUUUCUUAAUGUACAAAGUAUUGAACUUUCUUAACCUAAUUCAUACGAGAUGGAUUCAUAAAAUCUGCCCACGCAACAUAUCUGGCAGGCUCUUAAUUUUGAGAAGCCAACGCCGAGCUAUCCACGUCUCUGUGAGUGUGGCACUUGCUGCUCUUGCUUGGAUUUUGACUCGUCGAAAUGUAAAGAAAUUUUGUUGUAUCUUAUACUCGGGGAAGUUUGAGCAUAGGACUAUGCAGAGAAUGUAACUGCACUAUUUUGCAGUGUGACAAUGUCAUAAGGAGUGCCAAAGAAACACAACAUCCGUGUAAGUUAUAUCCUACAGAAAAUCUCAGUUAACAUCUUCUGAGGGGUUUAAAAUAGAAUUGGAAUUAUCUUAAAUAGGUACUUUCUAUCCUUCGAUGCACAAGGCUAGAACAUCAAGAUCAAUGCGUUGGCACGAGAAGGUAAAUUCCAAUCUGUGCGGGGUGUUUGAUUAAAUGUUACCGAGAGAUGUGGUUUCUUGGAAUUCAGUGAUUACAGUCUAUUGACAAUAUGAGUGUCUCCUGAAUCAAAGAAAACGGAUUCUGGGGAAAAGAAUAACUCUGAAAAGAGAGUUUGAGCGGCCCUUUAAAUCUAAUGAAAAUAUAAGACACUUACUAGUUACUUUCAAGGAUACCAGAUUGAUAACUCUAUAGGACUUUAGCCAAAAGUUCUUAAGCCGUGUAAUACAAAACUACGCCUCUAUCUCAUUAACUUCGAGUGAUAUUUGUCCUUUUUAAAAUUUUCCCUAAUUACAGUACCAACUGGAAACCACAUAUUCCCUUAGCUAAUGUUAAGUGUGCGUGCGUGUCCUUCUCGUUGGCUUAAAGAACUGAUUAAUUAGCCUAAGUAUACUACUGAUUAAUUGCUGCCCCAUGCAAUAGGUGGUUCCAUUUCAACAUUUCUACUUAUACCCUUAUCUUUAAUGUUUGUUCGCCAUUUCCUGAGCUCCAAGCUCAAAACUUUCAUACCAUUAAACCUCCCUUGCUGCUAUAGCUUUGAACGUUAUUUUUCCCGCCGCACGAGCAAAACCUCCAAAUCACCUCAGGAUGUCUACAACUGCAACAUCAGGAUCAACGAACUGGCACGGGAAGGUAAACUCCAAUCUGCUCGGAAGGUGUUUGAUGAAAUGUUACACAGAGAUGUUGUUUCUUGGAAUUCAAUGAUUACAGCCUACUGGCAAAAUGGGUGUCUCAGUGAAUCAAAGAAGCUUUUUUUAUCAAUGCCUGAGAGGACUGUAGUGUCUUGGAAUUCGAUGAUCGCGGGGUGUGUGGAAAAUGAUUGCAUUGAUGAUGCUUACUUAUAUUUUAGCACUAUGCCCGAGAAGAAUGUUGCGUCGUGGAAUGCAAUGAUUUCAGGCUAUGUUAAACAUGGUAUGGUGGAGGAAGCGGCAAGGUUGUUUGAUGAGAUGCCUAGAAAGAAUGUGAUUUCUUAUACUGCAACGAUCGAUGGGUAUAUGCGAAGACGUGAGAUUGACAAGGCAAGGUCACUUUUUGACCGUAUGCCACAGAAAAAUGAGGUUUCUUGGACUGUGAUGAUUAAUGGGUAUGUAGAGAACGAGUGUUUCGAUGAGGCAAAAGAGUUGUUUGAAAAGAUGCCAGCUAAGAAUAAGCAUGUUGUUGCGAUUACUGCUAUGGUAAUUGGGUAUUGCAAGGAGGGACGGGUGGAGGAAGGAAGGAUUUUGUUUGAUGGAAUACUAUGUAAAGAUAGUGUUGCUUAUAAUGCCAUGAUUUCAGGUUAUGCACAAAACGGACGCAACGAAGAGGCACUCAAGUUACUGGUAGAGAUGCUUAGGAUGUCUCUUCGACCAGAUCAAUCUUCAUGUGCUUCAGUUCUUUCUGCAUGUGCUGCUCUUGCAUCUCCUUUAGUUGGUAGACAAACUCAUGCAGUUGUCAUUAAAUUUGGGGUAGACUCCGUCGUCUCCAUAUGUAAUGCUCUAAUUACUAUGUAUAGCAAAUGUGGCAGCAUUUUUGAGUGUGAGUUGGCUUUUGAAUUAAUAACAAGUCCAGACCUUGUUUCUUGGAAUACUAUAAUUGCUGCCUUUGCACAGCACGGGUUGUAUGCGAAAGCAGUUGCGUAUUUGGAGCAAAUGGUUCUCAGAGGAUGUGAACCAGAUGGUAUAACAUUCCUCAGCUUAUUAUCUGCUUGUGCCCAUGCAGGGUUGGUUAGUGAGAGUAUUUCUUGGUUUGAUUCAAUGGUAAAAAACUACAAUAUUACUCUUAGACCGGAGCAUUAUGCUUGUUUAAUUGAUAUACUUGGCCGAGCCGGUCAGCUGGACAAGGCUUACAACAUUAUCCAAGAGAUGCCUUUUGAAGCUGAUUUAGCUGCUUGGGGUGCCCUUCUUGCUGGCUGUCGCGCUCAUUCCAAUGUAGAACUAGGGCAGCUUGCUGGAGAGAAAGUCAUGGAAUUAGGUGGUGAUAGUUCAGGGCCUUACAUUAUGUUAUCUAAUAUAUAUGCUGAAGCAGGUAUGUGGGGGGAGGUUACAAGAGUGAGAGGAUUGAUGAAAGAACAUGGCAUAAAAAAGAAACCGGCAUAUAGUUGGACGGAGAUUGAAAAUAAGGUACAUUAUUUUCUGGGAGGGGAUAUCUCUCAUCCAAAUAUACAAGAAAUCCGUACAGCACUCAAGUGGAUGAACUUGCAGAUGAAAUUCCAGGAAAAAGUUCUGGACUUCACCGACUUUUACUUCCUGGAUGAACUGGAAUGCACAUGUAUUUAGCAUAUCUAUGUCCAGUAAACUAAUCAAAUUUGGAAAAUUUUGGACACACACUGAAAAUUCGGGAUCACUACUGCCUGGAAUGCUCAUUUAGUACUGAGUUCUUGUCCAAGCAAGAUGAAACUUUUCGACCAGGAGCAUACCAGAUGCACUAACAUUCUUGCUUUUGAUACUCUUUGGGUAUGAUCGACUUUAAAUAGGCAGAAUGGCCAUUCUUAUGCAAUUUCCGGGGAACUGAUCGCCUGUAAAGGGAUCAGAGUUUUGACCCCAAAAGCUGGAAGAUUUAUGAAGGGUAAGUGUGAGCUGAUCUCCCAUUUUCCAUUGUUUGGUAAUAAUUGCUCUUGGAUGAUACUGAAACAGAGGGGGUGUAGGCCCAUGAAUAGAGGAAGGAGAAGGAAAAAAAGGGAGGCGGCGACAGUCAUUUGAACAUUGCACUAUUCAGAUUCAGGUUGAUGUUAGAACUAUUAUUAGAUUGUAACUUGAAUCUUAUGGUACUGUUGUUUGUAAAGAAACUGGAAAGCAAUCUUAUUGAAUAUAUAAUUUCCAAUGUGGGGUUUUAGGCAUUGAUGCCAAAGUUGUUGCCAUAAGACAAUGAGAUUGUAUAAUCUGCAUA